AUGUCGGUUUUAUACGCAUCUGAGAAUACAGUGCACUCCAUCACGAAAGACGGACUCACCGCGGACGUGUACAGUGACCCUAAAAUGGCCAAAAUCACUGACGUUUCAGUUGACACCAGAGAAAACAAACUAUAUGUUAGUUUCAAGGAAGCAGGCAAACUGAUCGAAGUGAACUCUACCAAGAAUGAUAUCGUAAUUACCAACGUUGGGGAACCAGGAAAGGUGGCAGUAGACUGGAUCACUGGUAACGUGUACUUUGUAGACGCAACAGUGGGCGAGAGCUAUAUUCGAGUUUGUAACGUGUUGAAGAAGAGAUGCGCUAGACUACAAAAACUACCGUUUAAUUGCAGGGUGGCGGCCCUGGUGGUAGACCCGGCGGCGAAGCGUAUGUUCUACUGCGAAACUCGGUCUGGUAGAUCGGUGGUUUGGUCUGCAUCACUCUCGGGCCAGUAUACGAUGGACUUAGCCGCCCCAGGCGAUUGUACGGGACUAGCUGCAGAUUCGUUCUCAAAACGACUAUAUGUCGCCGAGAAAAAACCUCCAAGGAUUAUCAGUAUGGACUAUAAUGGCGAAGAUCAGCACGAGAGCGUCCAGCGAGACGACGUGCAGGACCAGUGCCGUGAUUACGAGUGCGUGAAUGUUUGCGUGAUGGAUAAGCACGGACCGAUCUGUCUCUGCGACGACGGGCAGCCCGCCAACAACGGACAGUGCCCACUGCUAGAGAAGGGACAGCUCCCACUGUUUAACGGGUGGACAUACGAACAGUACCGUCGCGCUCACAACGUGAUGGCCAGCAUGGUCUCCAUCAUAGUCGUGCUGCUCCUACUCUACCUCGGCGUCUUCAUCUACUACCAGUACAAGCGCGGCCGCUGUACCCGCCCCAUCAACUACAUGGAGGUUCGCUUUCAAAACAGAGGUGAAGAGGCAUCAGCUGCUGCAAGUCCUGUGGAUGAUAACACCGAAGAGGAGUAA